ACUUUUUUGUUGCGGUUUCACUGCGCAGCCGGUGCGCACCUCGCCUGUGGAUGUAUGCGUUUGCUUACAUGUGAAAUGCUUGUUUCAUACGCCGUAUAUUUAUUUACACCUGUUUUAUAUCUUGAACUCAACUCCACGAAGGUCACCGUGGCUGAUUUAUAUAAGUAUUAAAAGCAGGAUGGGGCGCAGGAUUCUCUUCAUGUGUUUAAUCUGGAUCCAGGUUGCACUCAUGAUCGGAGAACCUCUUUGUAACAGAACACUGCAAUUUCUACAUAGUAGCACUGAGAAAGAUGUGUGGGAAAGCCAAGGCUCCAGUGUUAAACUGAACUGCACAGCUCUGAUACAUUAUGGAAACAACAGUAAGACUGAAUGCAAAGCCAAUGUGCAUUGGAGCAAAGAUGGAGAACCUCUCCUGAUCCCUGGUUCUUUCACUCAAAACACUUCCCAGUGGUUCACAGAUGAAGAGCAGCUGAUGGUGAGCAGUGUUCUGACAGUGAAGUUAAAGGAAGAGUUCGAUUUUGGUCUCUACUCAUGUGAAAUAGCGAACACUACAACCACGUUCAGGCUUCAAAACACCGGUAAAACCUCCAUGUUCCCUAGUCACACAGGGGCAGUGUUGGCAUCCUUGGUUUUGUUCAUCAUGUUAGUCUUGGCUGCUGUAGUAUAUUCAAAAUGCCACCUCAACUUCAAACUCUGGUAUAAAAACACAUAUGGAGAAUAUGAACUCAAUGAUGGCAAAAUUUAUGAUGCCUACAUUUCUUACAUAGACGAUGAAAAUGACCUUAAGUUUGUCAAUUUUAUUCUGAAACCUCAACUGGAGAAUAAAUAUGGGUACAAAUUACUACUUAACAACACGAACAUCCUCCCUGGAGCAGAGCCAUCUGCAGAGUUACUUAUGAACAUUAGUCGAUGUCGGCGGCUCAUCGUCGUGUUGUCACAGGCCUAUGUACAGCAGGAUUGGUGCACUUCCAACUUUAGACAGGGCUUAUCUCACCUGCUGGAGCUGUCUCAGAAGCCCAUCUUCAUUGUCUUUCAGUCUAAGCAGAAGCAUGUGAGCGUGGACAUCAUUCAGCAACUACGUGAUCACCAGGCACGAAUCAAGACUCUCAUCUGGGGAGCACAUUCCAUUGCCCCAUCAUCUGGAUUUUGGAAGGCUCUAUCCUUGGCAAUGCCCCGUAAAGUGGUGUUCCAUAGUGAGUCACCUGGAGAUCCCCAGACUCUGCUCCAGGGGGAUAGAGACCCCAUGCUCACCAUGCAGCCAGACUACCUAGACUGCAGGCCUGACCCAGACCCCGCUGGAGAUUUGGGUGUGCGCUUUCCUGUCUAUAAAGCAAUGUCCAGGGACCAAGUUCAUCCACCAACCUCCGAUCCACUGACUGAAGCCAAAGCUCUUGAGAUUGAUGUGUCUGACCUGGGCUCCAGGAACUAUGCUGCUCGAAGAGAUUUUUAUUGUCUGGUUACUGAAGAUAUUUGAAUCUGGAGCACCCACACCAUAUUCCUUUUUCACUCCAAUGAGCAUAGAGCAGAACAGAGGCUCAAGCCGUUUUUAGUGGUCACUCUUUGUGUUUGAAAAAAUGUGUGUGUUUUAGGGAAGUAUAUUUGACCAGAUAAGAUUAGCACAAAUAAUUUCCAAGGGUCUGAGUUUAUGUAAAGAAUGUCAGAAUGUCGUUACCCUUCAAUUGGAAUCUUUAACAUUUUGUUUGUAUGUUUCUUAAAAAAAAAAAGUCAUUGUUUUUGGUUUAAAUUAAUGUUACUAGCUGGUUAAACGGUUAGUUCUCGGAGGUCAUGCCUUUAGCACAAGUAGUGUUUUGUUUGUCUUUCUUGUACUAUGAGCACGCAUUAAUGCAAAACUGUUAAAGUGCACAAUAUUGCUACCAUUUCAUAUUAGUUUUUUAUAUGUUGUAUGUGUUGUAUACUUUAAAUAAAAGUUUCCAAAAUAUA